GGCAAAGCUUUUGGUACCUGCCACGGUGAACAUAGAAGGCACUUUUCAAAUGGAGGGAGAAGUCCCAAAGUACUUGGGGUGCAUUGAAGUUCUUCGCUCAAUGAGGUCUCUGGACUUCAGUACAAGAACACAGAUUACCAGGGAAGCCAUCAGCCGUGUCUGCGAAGCUGUGCCUGGAGCCAAGGGAGCCUUCAAGAAGAGAAAGCCUCCCAGCAAAGUGCUGUCCAGCAUCCUGGGAAAGAGCAACCUGCAGUUUGCCGGGACGAGCAUCUCGCUGACUAUCUCCACUGCCAGCCUGAACCUGCGGACGCCCGACUCCAAGCAGAUCAUCGCGAACCACCACAUGCGCUCCAUCUCCUUCGCCUCCGGGGGAGACCCGGACACCACGGACUAUGUUGCCUAUGUGGCUAAGGACCCUGUCAACCGCAGAGCUUGUCACAUUCUGGAGUGCUGCGAUGGGCUGGCCCAGGAUGUCAUCGGCGCCAUAGGACAAGCCUUCGAGCUCCGGUUUAAGCAGUAUUUGCAGUGCCCUACCAAGAUUCCCUCACUCCACGAUCGAAUGCAGAGCCUGGAUGAGCCACGGACAGAGGAAGAGGGGGACAGCUCAGACCAUCCAUACUACAACAGCAUUCCAAGCAAGAUGCCUCCUUCAGGGGGCUUUCUGGAUGCCCGACUGACAUCCAGACCCCAAGCUCCUGACACAGCCCAGUUUGCAGGAAAAGAACAAACUUAUUACCAGGGAAGACACUUGGGAGACACGUUGGGUGAAGAUUGGCAGCACACACCAGCCAGACAAGGGUCCUUGGACAUCUACAGUACGCCAGAGGGGAGACUGCACGCGGCUCCCACCGGGGAGGCGCCCACCUACGUCAACACGCAGCGCAUCCCGCCGCAGGCCUGGCCACCUGCCGUUAGCAGCGCCGACAGCAGCCCGCGGAAGGACCUCUUUGACAUGAAGCCCUUCGAAGACGCCCUCAAGCACCAGCCCGCGGGGCCCAGGCUGAACAAGGCCGCCUCUGUGGAGUGCAUCAGCCCCGUGUCGCCCAGAGCGCCAGAUGCCAGGGUGCUGGAGGAGCUGAUGGCGGAGCCCUGGUACCAGGGAGAGAUGAGCCGGAGGGAGGCCGAGGGGCUGCUGGCCCAGGACGGAGACUUCCUGGUCAGGAAGAGCGCCACCAACCCGGGCUCCUUCGUCCUCACGGGCAUGCACAACGGCCAGGCCAAGCACCUUCUGCUCGUGGACCCCGAAGGCACGGUCCGCACCAAGGACAGAGUGUUCGACAGCAUCAGCCACCUCAUCAACCACCACCUGGACAGCGGCCUGCCCAUCGUCUCGGCCGGGAGUGAGCUGUGCCUCCAACAGCCAGUGGAGAGGAAGCAGUGACGUCCCUGCCGCUCCAGCUCGAGCCCGGGUCAGGAGGGCCUGGAGCGCAUCAGCCUGGUGACCGGCAACUGCUGGGACUCAGAGCUUUCUGCAAAGCCCCGAGAGCAAGGCUUCAUGCAAGGUCAAGUUCUGCGAACUCGUUCAGUUGCCUCACAUGCAUAUUAAAGGUGUACAUACCUAUACAUCCUGUACAAAGUAUCUCUCUAUAUUUAUAUUUUUUGAGACUAAGAAAGAUGUAAGACUAA